AUGAAGGCAGCUCUGUCUGGCCCAUCUUUUCCCUACAAACCUUGCUGGAAACUGCUCUCAGAAAUGAGUAAGAGUGGAAAGGCACAAAGAAAGCUGAAAGUGGAAGGCAAAGAGCUCUCAUCUCUGCCAGAGGAACUAUUUAACUUUGAAGACACCCAAAUACUGAAAAUGAGUCCAGAACGGGAGAGCUGCCUCUCCUAUCAAAUGGGCUUUGUCCCCAAAGAGAUCGGCCAUCUAAUGAACUUAACAGCCCUGUACAUUGAUUCCAACAACCUUCAAGAAAUCCCCCCUGAGGUCGGAAUGUUGAAGAAUUUAAAGAGAUUGGUUCUCAGCAACAAUGCUCUGUCCAUCCUCCCUUUGGAACUGGGGAUGCUUCAAAAUUUGCAGAGCAUUCACCUGGCUAAUAACAAUUUCACAAUAUUCCCCUCUGUGAUUUGCCAUUGUCCCAACCUAACAUUUCUAGAUAUCAGCGAUAACAAAAUAGAAAUAAUUCCACCCACCAUCGAGCACCUGAAAAACCUGGAAACAUUAUUAUUGCUGUUUAACCGCAUAAGUAAACUGCCGAAGGGGCUCUGCUCUCUGACUAAAUUACGUUGUUUAUGGCUGGGGAACAAUAACAUACGAGAACUGCCUGACAGUUUCGGGAAUCUUGCGCUGCUGGACUGGGGGGACAAUUACUGCUCAUUUGAUUUAGAUGGGAAUCCACUGAACAAGCCACCAAUAGAGGUUUGCAUGGGGGGACCUCAGCGAAUCAAAGCAUAUUUCUCUUCUUACCAUAACAAUGCUUGUUAUAAUGUGGAUUUCAGGGUUAUUUCAUAA